AAAGUAGUACAAGAAGAAAGGGAAAAAAAAAAAAGUCCCGAUCCGUCGCCGCCGCCUUAGCCGCCGAUGGUCGACCUGGCCGCGCUUACGGACGACGUCCUGGCGGAGAUCCUCCUCCGGGUGCCGUCUCCGCGGGACCUCGGGCGAGCUUCUGCGUCGUGCUGCUCCUUCCGUCGCGUCAUCUCCGACCCGCACUUCCUCCGCCGGUUCGUCGCCCUCCACGCGGCGCCUCCGCUCGGCGUCUUCUGCUGCUACCCCGCCUUGGGCGGCGGGGUUGGUGGAUCCCAGUUCCACGCAGCCCUGCCGUCGCACCCGUCGGGGGCCCUCGCCCGCGCGCUCGAUACUUCAGCAGACUUCUGCUUCAACUUCCUCCCGCCGGCCACCAGCGACUGGCUCGUCCGCGACUGCCGUGACGGUCGUUUUCUACUCGACCGCGUCCGGGACGGCUCCACGGCCUUCACCGAAGUCGCAAUCUGCGACCCCCUGUUCCGGAGGUACCGGCUGCUCCCGCCCAUCCCUAACGACCUCGCCGCUUCCGUGGAAAACCCCUACGUCCAGCGUGGCGGCGAUGGUCAAUUGCAGUCACGCAGCAGCGAAAUCUUCCUGGUUUCUCGUAGUGAUGACAGUGUCAGUGAGGAGGACACGGCGUUCACCGUCAUCUGGAUGGCAUGCUGUCGAGGGAAGCUGGUAGCGUUCUUCUACUCCUCAGAGUCACAGCAAUGGUCUGCACUUUCACCGCCUGAACACUACGCUUUGAGCACCAGAAGAGUCAUGGGCGUUCGACUAGGACAGCGCAACCAUGCUCAUGGGUGCUUCUACUGGAUGGUAGCUCUCACACAUAGGUGGCUUGUGUUGGACACACAUAGAAUGGAGUUCUCCAUCGUGGACAUCUCACCUGUCCUGACAGGCCGUGCAAUGAUGUUCAGUAAUCAGAUUACCACUCUGGAGUCAAGCGAUGGCCGGACUACCGUUGUGGUCUCUGAUGUUUUCCGGCCAGAUAGAAGAUGCAUUCUGUAUUUUUAUACAUUCUUGUAUUUCAGCGACCGGUGGCAGCUUCUGAACAAAAUCACCUUGCCUGAGGAAUGGGGGUAUCGAUUUAGAGGCAUCAUAGGUGCUGCUGAGGGAUACUUAUUUAUAAAGCUAGAUGAUCCUAAGGAGAACCUCAAUGAUCAGAUUGAGCGACAUGUUGAAUAUUUUUCGCUUGAUGUCAAGACAAUGCAGCUUGGGAGUUUCUGUCGGACAACCCUUUUUACUGUGACUGAUGCCUACCUUUAUUGUGGUUUCCCCCCAUCAUUGUCACUGCCUUCUAUAUGAUUUGGAAAAAGAAUGGCACCACAGAAUGUCUGUUGGGACUAGUAGAAGGAAAAAAAGAAUGGCGAAUGAAUGGCACCACAGAAUUUGUCAUUUCCUUGAACCGCUACGAGGCUACAUUCAGGAACCGAGAAGACUACUCUGAAUCUCUGAUUGCCACCUUACUUGCGAUUUUGUUAAAAUGGAUACUAUGAAAACUAUUGGGUAAUAUGACCAUCUUGUAUUUCAUAGUUUGGGUCAAACUCCUCACUGGUGACGAAGAUUGAGGUGGAGUGAUCUUUCUUGGUUGCCAUUACAAGAUGUUGAGUCUAUGGUUUUGUUGUAAUACUUUGUUGUCUUUGAAAAAUUUAUGAAAAUUGCUAUAUUUUAGGUGCCUGAA